GCUGGGUUUAAGAUAUAAAAUGUUUUUGGAGAACGUCUUUUAUUUCAGUUCACAUUCGACAAGGUCUUUGAUGCUCCUCUCAGACUUGUUGACCCCUACAAAAGCAGUUACAAUGAUGAUAUCAUUGUCCAUUGACACUUAUGAGUAGCCAUAGAAACAUUUGAUGAAUGCCAGAGAGCAAAUAUAAAGAAAAUAUGAUAUUUGGAUGAUACAAAACCCUUAAUAACGAUUAGCGUAUGCUUUGAUGUGUUAGCCCGCUGAGAAAUGUAUUUAACUUCCAAAAUAUUUACGGCUUCAUUCUCAUCAUAUCGCAUGUUCUUUUGACUACAAUCUGUUUCUUGCAUGUCAGCUUCUGCUGUAUGUUCAUCUUGACGGUGUUGAGUAAUAUAAGUGAUUCUAUACUCUAUCGCUUGGAGUAACUGAUUGGGUGAUCCUUAAUCUCAAAUCUGACCUGUUGCAAACAAUGCCCAGUGUAGAAUACCACAGGUCCACAGAAGAGGUCGAAAACGUAGGAUGGAGAGAUACGAGACCACGGCGCACGAAGAUCUACCAUCGCUUUACCAUUCUGGAGCGUGUUCUUGUGCUUACUGUUAUCGUGCUCCUCUUUGUUACGAUAGCAUUGGCGGUUUUAUUUGGUAUAAGUCAGAAUUCUGGUAGAAAUCAAAAGGAAAAUGAGCACAAAAAAAACAAUGGACAGAAUGAAAAUUGUACUAGAUGCAAUCUCUUGGGAAGUGAAAGCUUUAAACAGCUACAAUCUCUGAUGGAAAGUCUUGAUUGGUCAGUUGAUCCCUGCCAUAACUUCUACAAUUUUGUUUGCAACCGAUGGAUGUCUGAGCAAGUUAUCAACAACAGACAGGUUACACAAUUCAAUGUAUUAGAACAGAAAAAUAGGGAGAUUAUUGUUGCAAAAUUACGAGAUGAAAAUGCUACGAAUGAAUACAAACAUAUAAAAGCAAUUUCUAAAGCACAACGGGACUUUAGUGUCUGCCUGAGCUAUUCUCGUGAGAGCGACGAAACAAAGUUUAAAAACACUCAGAAGUUUAUCGACCAAUUUGGAGGAUGGAACAUCAGCACUCCGGACUGGUCGAGGAAGACCUGGAACCUACUACCGAAUCUCGUGAAGAUUCAUCGCAAGCUCUCGAUUUUUCCGCUAUUCUUUUUUAAGAUCGGUCUAGAUAUGAAAAACACCACUAAAAAGAAUAUCAUUAUUAGGCAAUGGGUCUCAUUGCUCUUGCAGUUUCGAAUGUUCUACCUAAGUAAUGAUUCUUAUAGCACAGAGAAGCGAAACCAUUAUCUCAAUAAAAUGUUGGGUGUUAUGGCAGCGUUAUCUAAGAAAACCAAAAAUGAUACGGCAAUUUUAAGACAAGCAAAGAAUGUUUUUGAAUUUGAGAAGAAAUUAUCAGAGGCUGCCAUGUCCUUAUCUAAAUUUCAGAAGAAAAAGUUUUCUUACAAAGUUAUGAAAAUACAAGAACUCCAAGAAAAAACGAAACAUAUAUUCCAAUGGCUGAAUUAUUUCCAGGAAAUGUUUCAUGACAUUGACGUCACGAUUACCAAGGAUACACUUGUUAAAGUCAAUGACAUAAACUACAUCAAAAGCAUGGCAGAAACUGUUGAAAAAACCGAUAACACGACAUUGGCCAAUUAUCUUAUAUGGCAAGUUAUAAGUGAUGCCCAUACAUUUGGUGGUUUUCAAUUGCCUCAUGCGAUCAGUGAGAUGUAUGGUAACGAUCAGCCAGAAAAGAUUAAAAGCAAGUGCUUUGCAUCCGUCCGAACCGUGUUUGGCUCCUCAUUAAGUAUUUUAUACCUUCAUGAAAUGUUUCAUAAAGGUGAAGAAACUCGUUUUAAAAAGAUGAUGAAAAGAAUACACGAGAAUUUGGUUAAGGACAUUAAUGCCUCAUCAUGGAUGGAUUCAAAAACAAAACAGGAGGCGUUGAAGAAGGCUCGAAAAAUAAAGUUAUCAGUUAUUUUACCUGCUAACCUGGAGAAUAACGACAAGCUAAAUACGAAAGUUGAAGAGAUACAAAUCAAGAAAAAUGAUUACAUCAACAACUGGAUUGAAAAACGCUCGUUCAUAAUGAAGAAAAACUUAAAAACAUAUUCGAUGACAGACUAUGAAACUGAUGCGUAUUUUGAUCCCAUAUCGUCCAAUGCCAAAUACAGUGCGACCUCAAACAAAGUGUAUGUACCAGCUGGAAUUUUGCAACCACCAUUUUACGACCCCUCUCGUCCAAUGUCAUUGAAUUUUGGUGGAAUUGGAAUGAUUAUUGGCCACGAGUUAACACACGCUUUUGACAUCAACGGAAGAAAUCAUGAUGAAAAUGGCAAUUUGCGCAACUGGUGGCAGAAUUCCUCCGUGAUGGAGUAUGAAAAAAGAUCAAAAUGUUUUACUCAGCAGUAUUCUAAUAUGUAUUUUAAAGGAAUUAAGCUAAACGGUGAAAAGUCAUUGGGUGAAAAUAUGGCAGAUAGUGGUGGAGUAAGAACGGCUUUCGAGGCUUAUAAAGAUUGGAGAAGUGAAAACGAUGAGCCUGAUUUGUCUGCUUUCAACUUAACAAGUGUUCAGCUCUUCUUUGUUGCGAAUGCUCGGAUUUGGUGCUCGAAAUACCCAUCUUUGUAUUUGAAAAAUGUAAACAUUCUAUCCCAUCUUCCAGGAAUGGCCAGAGUGAUUGGAAGCUUGUCAAACUUUCCAGAAUUUUCAAAAGCGUUCUGUUGUUCAGUCGGCUCUCAGAUGAAUCCCAAAGAAAAAUGCAGUUUAUGGUAAAAACGUAAAAUUUCCAAUAUCAACAAACACUAAGCUUGUUUGCAUAUGAUGCAUUAUGUAACACGAACUAUCGAUGGUGACAAAUUGAUUUGAUUUAGAUAAUCUCUAUGUACAGAGUAAAAUUAUAUGUAAUAACAGUAAACGAAACCAAACUAUGGUUUAGGGAGAAAUUAAUUAUGGAAUAACAGAAAAUCAACUUAUGUGAGCUCCGUACGUUUAGGCGAGGAAAGAUAAUUAUAUAUAAAAAUUUAUUUGAUGAAACGAAUGUCGAUUUUCCAAAUUUUAAGACUUUGUUUUGCAGUGCAGCUCUAUGAAAAUGCUUUAUAAUACAAUUGUAUACUAUUACCCCUA